AUGGGUCUAGUGGACGCCCUGGUCCUCGCCUCCAGCUCUGUCUCCUUCUUGGGGGCUGUAGCAGUCCUGCUUGUCACCUACAUCAUGUCUUCCACCUUCUUCAGCUUGAAGAAAGACAGGAAGGAGCCUCCAGGACCCAGACCCCUUCCUUUGCUGGGGAACCUGCCGCAACUGGACCUCGGUAGAAUGUACUUUUCAUUGGUGGAGCUCUCCAAGAAGUACGGCUCCGUCUUCACUGUCUACCUGGGACCCAAGAAGGUGGUGGUUCUGGCUGGAUACAAGACGGUGAAGGAGGCGUUUGUCAACCACGCUGAAGAGUUUGGAGAAAGACAGAAAAUUCGAUUAUUGCAUGAAUUUAAUAAAGGAAAUGGUGUCGUCUGGGCCAACGGAGACUCCUGGAAAGAGAUGAGACGCUUUGUCAUAAGAAGCUUGAAAGAUUUUGGGAUGGGAAAGAGUUUGUGUGAGGACAAAAUCAUCGAGGAAAGUCACCACCUUGUUGGAGAGAUCGAGAAGUUUAAAGUUUCAGGUGAAGCAUUUGACACAACCCAAACCUUGAGCUUUGCAGUUGCUAAUAUUAUCUGCUCCAUGGUCUAUGGCAGCAGAUUUGAAUACGAUGAUCCAGAGUUUGCAUCCCUGGUUGAUCGAAUGAUGAUAUACCAUAACCUGUUGGCAACGUCAUCAGCACAGGUCUACAGCCUGUGUCCAUCAAUUGGCAAAUGGUUUCCCAACACCAAAGAAUUCUUCAAAGUGUUUUCUGCCAUCAUGACAUUCAACUCAGAGUUGUUCUGUCAUUUGAAGGAGACGCUCAACCCACAGAAGUGCAGAGGUUUUGUAGAUGCCUUUCUGGUCCAGAAGCAACAUCUGGAGGAAUCAGGGAUUACCAACAGUCACUUCCACAGUGAAAACCUUAUGAUGACAGUUAUCCAGCUGUUUGCUGGUGGAACUGAUUCAACAUCAUCUACACUCAGAUGGAGUCUGCUGCUAAUGGCCAAAUAUCCAAAGAUCCAAGACCAGGUUCGGGAGGAGCUACUGAGGGUCAUAGGAGGUCAUGAGGUGCAGCUCGAGGACAGGAAGAAGCUUCCCUUCACCAACGCUGUCCUUCAUGAGAUCCAGAGACUGGCCAACGUGGUUCCGCUGGCUCUUCCUCACAAAACGAGCCGAGACGUCACCUUCCAGGGUUACUUCAUUGAAAAGGGAACCACGGUGUUUCCUCUCCUCGGAUCUGUGCUACACGAUGAGAGCGAGUGGGAGAACCCCCACAGCUUCUACCCGGCUCAUUUCCUGGACAGAGACGGAAACUUUGUCAAGCCAGACGCCUUCAUGCCUUUUUCUGCAGGUCGACGGGUUUGUAUCGGAGAGAAUCUGGCCAAAAUGGAGCUGUUCAUCUUCUUCACCACCCUCCUGCAGCGCUUUCGUUUCACUCCUCCACCUGGAGUGUCAGAGGAAGAACUGGAUCUGACGCCACACGUGGGCCUUAGCUUUGAUCCUUCAGCCCAUAAGCUGUGCGCAGUCUCAGUACUGUGAGAAGUACAAGGAUCAAGGUCAGAGGUCACAGGACAUAAGGAGUUUCACAUGCAAAAGUCAAUAAAAGGAUAUUUACAAAUCACUGUUUCCAUGCAAAUAAAUGUGUAAAUAUAAUAAUACACACAAGUAAAUGCUUUACACUUACAAAGCCUGAAAUAUUCUGUCUAUAUGUCUGUCUGUGCACAGUGAUUUCUGUGAGAAUUGAUUUCUCUAAGUCUCUUGUGACUGAGACCAUUGUUUAUGUUUUAUCGUGAAUCAAACAUGAGUUGCUGUCAAUUACACUGAUAUUAAACAAAAAUUGAAAAAAAAAAUGUAAGCGGAGUUGCUAAGUAGGUUUUUAGGGAACAGCUGUACAUGAUUGAUCAUGACAUGACCAAAGCAGGAAGCAGAAACUAAAGCGCCUUCGUGUCCAUUCAGUGCAUAGGUUUAAGAGGAAGACCGGUUAAAAUUAGCUGUAGUUCCGUAAGGUAAGAGCUACAUGAGGCUGGUGUGACUGGAAAGGAAACAACCAACCAGACAGAAUCUGUAAUAGUUUAAACCUGAAUCAAAUAUUUCCUUUGACCUUAUUUAUUCAACUGAGGACGCCCAGAACUAAGUGUGCUGUGGAUUGUUUGAUCAAAUAAACUUGUAGUUAUAUUUGCAGUCAAAAUUCAAGGAACACAGUGUUUUAUAUGUCAACUCAUACACACAGUA